AUGGCCAUCCGCCAAGUCGUCGACGGCCAGGCCGGACUGCCGACCCCGGACUCGACCAAGUCGUACUGGCACAAGGAGCCCUCCGAGAAGCUGCUGGGCCACCGCACGACCGCAGACUUGCCCGACAAGGCCGACUACGUCAUUGUCGGCAGCGGCAUCACCGGCGCCUUCGCGGCGCAUUUCCUCAAGAACGGCGCUGGCAGGGCAGCAAGCGUGGUGAUGCUCGAGGCGAGGGAGGCCUGCUGGGGUGCUACGGGACGGAACGGCGGCCACUGCCAGCCCUUCCUCUACACAGCCGAGCCCGAGGCCGCCCACUUCGAGCUCGAGACCUACCGCUUCCUGCGGGACUUCGUCGCCGCCCGCCAGGUCCCCUGCGACUGGCAGUCCCGCCCGGGCGUCCACGCCCUGCUGUCGGAGGACCUCGUCGGCCUCGUGGCCGCGCACAUCGCCGUGCUGCAGCGCACGCACCCGGACAUCGCCUCGCAGGUCGAGCUCGUGCGCGACGGGGCGCGCCUCGCCGGCGAGCUGCGCCUGCCCACGGCCCGCGCCGCCGUCGUCCAGCGCAACGCCGCCUCCCUCUGGCCCUACAAGCUCGUCGCCCACGUGCUCGAGUCCCUGCUCGCCGAGUUCCCCUCGUCGCCGUCGUCGUUCAACCUCCAGACCGCCACGCCCGUGACGCGCCUGGAGCGGGCCGCCGGUUCCCAAACCCACCCGUGGACGCUGCACACCCCGCGGGGCCGCGUCGCCGCCGCGACCGUCCUCCUCGCCACCAACGGCUACACGUCCCGCCUCCUGCCCUGCCUGUCCGACAUCAUCACCCCGUGCCGCUCCCAGGUCGCCGCCCUCACCCCUCCCCCCGUGACCACCACCACAGGAGUAGCAGACAUAUCCCACUCGUACGUCUUCUUCGGCACCGACCCGCCCCACGGCCGCGACGACUACCUCAUCCAGCGGCCCCUGUCCAAGGAGCCCACCGCCGCCACCACCACCAUAGGAGGAAGAGGAGGAGGAGGCGGAGGAGAACUCAUCCUCGGCGGCGGCCGCGAGCACGCCCGCAACAUGGCCGUCGGCGAGUGGCGCGACGACGAGGUCGAGCCGCGUGUGGGCGCGCACCUCCGCGCCGCCCUGCCCGGCACGCUCGACAUGUCCGCCGACCCCGGGUCCCCCGCGCCUCCUGUCCGGGAUCGCGAUGACGCGCCGCUCGAGGCCACGUUCGAGUGGACCGGCAUCAUGGGCUUCUCGCGCGACCACAGGCCGUGGGUCGGCGCGGUGCCGGCCUGCGCUUAUCCCGAGCCUCCAACUGACACCGGCACCGAUACCGGCACGGGCACCGACGGCCCCGGCGGCUUGUACCUGUGCGCCGCGUACACGGGCCACGGGAUGCCCGUGGCGGCGCUGGCGGCGCGCGCCGUGGUCAACAUGAUGACGGGAACAACGACACCAGGGGACGGCGGCGAACAGCCCGAGAAGCUCCCGGCGUCGUGGGUGAUGACGGAACAGAGGCUGCGGCGGGCGAGGGACGAGUGGGACACGAUAGCCGAGUUUGAGAGGAAAGGUUUGAUGGUCAUCGCAGGAAAGCCCGUGAGCCUGGUCUCGAGUACUUGA